AUGGCUGCCCACCGUCAGUACUACCAGCCCUCCGCAGUCCCCAUGGGCAUGCCCUCCAAGGCACCAGCACCAGCCAGCAUGUACCCUGUCUCCAGGGUUCCCGGCUCGCCAACAGAUUACUCCGAUGCGAGCACCACUGCUGGCAGCCGCACUUCUGGCGGCAUGACCUUUAGCUCCGCCGGCGGAGACUACGACUCGAGCUCAGCCUCGUACUCAGGCGUUGAUGUUGUCGACGUUCUCAGCGAUCACAUGUACAACGCUUUCGACCCAACACCGCUGGACAAGAGCCUGGCAAGCCAAGCACAAACCUCCGGUCAGCUGCAUGCAAAGCAACAGGAGCUCCUUGAGCUGCAAGCCAUGGCGCAGCGCCGCAUGAAGGGCCUGCGAGCAAACUUCAAUGAAGGACUCAAAACUGCACGAGAGACGAAGCGGGACCUCGAGUGGACCCAAAAGCGUGUCAGCGCCCUCAAGUCUAAGGCCGAGAAGGCCCACCCGGACGAAUACCGUCGGGCAUCGAAGAAAUACACCUACAGCGACUACUGA